CUUCACCAGCACACUCAGCACUCACCUUCAGGAAGCGCGACAUCUGUGAGGGUCAAAGCCUCUGAAAGAGCUCUCUGAAGACUAUAAUGGAUCCCUGCGAGUGCUCCAAGACUGGGUCGUGCAGCUGUGGUGACUCGUGCAGCUGUGGUGGACAAUGCAGCUGUGGUGAGUCAUGCAGCUGUGAUAAGUCAUGCAGCUGUGGUGAUUCCUGUAAAUGCACCAACUCCCAGUGUGCAUCCAAAAAGAAAGGCUGCUGUGCUACUGGCUGCAGAAAAUGCACAUCUGGAUGUGCGUGUCCAAAGGCACAUGGGGACCACAAGUAGUCAUUGAAACCAACACUUCCUGCUGUGUAAACUUGUCUCUGUAUUCAUUGAAAUUUCAGUAAAUUGAAUCCGUGCCAUCUGUUCAUGGUAGUGAUCCUCUGUCAAGUUUUUUUUUUUUUUUUUCCUUCUUACUCAAAUGUGUUGAGUGGAACCUCUUUGUCAUUGUUUUGACACAUGUAGAUUAUAUAUUUAUGAAAGUUAAUAAAUCACAAAUUAAAUCA